UCUACUCUAUUGAGCCUUUAUUAUUUUUUGAAUUGGAUAUUGCAAGUGGCAGAUUGUUAUUGUUUAAAAUUGAUCAAAAUGCCGGCAAGAGAACAUAUUUCUUGUGGUCUUGCUUACCACUAUGUCCAUGAUAUCUACGAUAGCUUAGGAACUGCUUCUCAAGCUGGGUACAAUUUUAUUGUGGUUCCAAUUGUACAUCCAAGAUUUCGAAGAGAAUUUUUAGCAGGAAAAGCCAGAAAUCGUCCUGGAGCUUUCACGAGAUCUGAUUUAGUAUUAAGCACCCAAGAUUGGAACACAUUAAUUGUUGGAAGAAUUUCUCCAUGGAUUAAUCUUGAUUCUCCUGUACUUAGUGUUAGAAGAAAUUCUGAAAAGGCUUUAGAACAAGAGUUGAAUUAUGCAGCUCAUCUGAGUUUGCCAGCUGUUCUAGUUACACCAAAAGAUGGAAAUUGCAUUAAUUUGGCUCGUUUUAUCUAUACUAAAGCAAUGGGAGUUGGGGGACAUCAACCUGCUUAUAAUGUGUGGGUUUACAUUCCAAUGAGAGCUCAUGAAGAUGAGGCUAAAAUAUUUUUCAAUAACUUAUCUAAUGGUGAAGGGAAAACAGAUGAAUUUAGUUCCUCAGAAGUAACAGUUAAUGAUACAUGGGAGUGGUGGAAUACAUUUAGGACUGUAUGCAGUACAGAUAAGAAAAUAGGUUUAGUUUUAGAAUUGAGUGCUGACUUGCCAAAUUUCCAAGAAAUUCAAAGAUGGCUAGGUGAACCAAUUCGUUGUGUGUUUGUGAAAACAACCCUGUUUUCAACAAACAAGAAGGGAUUUCCUGUUCUUUCACGAGCUCAUCAGAAUUUACUCCGUAAAAUGUUUAAGCUUGACAUCCAAGUAGUAAUUUAUGGAAAUAACAAGCAUAUGAAUCUGAGGCAUUAUUAUCAAUAUAUGGAUCAUUUGUGGACUACACAAGAUCCAGAUGAUGCUUUAUCUAACUUUGCCAAAGGUUAUGAAGAUUAUCUUCAAAUUCCUCUUCAGCCACUGAUGGAUAAUCUGGAAUCAUGUACUUAUGAAAUUUUUGAAAAGGAUCCUACAAAAUAUACAGAAUACCAAAGGGCCAUAUACAAUGCACUUCUUGACAGGAUAAGUGAAGAAGAAAAAGAUACAAAAACUAAUGUUGUUAUGGUUGUCGGUGCUGGGAGAGGACCUUUAGUGAGAGCAGCUCUUGCUGCUGCCAAAAAUGCACAACGCUUAAUCAAAGUUUAUGCUGUUGAGAAAAACCCAAAUGCAGCUGUCACUCUCUUUGCCCAGCAGGAUGAAAUGUGGGGUGACCAAGUAACAGUUGUUGCAUGUGAUAUGAGGGAUUUUAAUCCGCCUGAAAAAGCUGAUAUUCUGGUUUCAGAACUCUUGGGAUCUUUUGGUGAUAAUGAACUCUCUCCUGAAUGCCUGGAUGGAGCACAAAAGUUUUUGAAAGAUGAUGGCAUUAGUAUACCUUCAAGCUACACCAGUUACAUAGUUCCUGUGAGUGCCCCAAAACUGCAUAGUGAAAUUGCACAGAUGAGAGAAAAGGAUAAACAUCCACUUACUUACUUUGAGAUGCCCUUUGUAGUUCAUCUUCAUAAUCAUACACCACUCUCUAGUCCUCAAGCUCUAUUCACAUUUGUUCAUCCAAAUAGAGUUGAAGUUCCUGAUAAUACAAGAUAUGAUAAGCUUAGUUUUAGCAUCCCCUACAACUGUACUGUUCAUGGCUUUGCUGGUUAUUUUGAUACAGUUCUGUACAAAGAUAUAAAAUUAAGCAUACAUCCUUCGUCACAUUCUCCGGGAUUGUUUAGUUGGUUUCCCAUAUUCUUCCCUAUCAAGGAUCCCUUAUAUGUAUGUGCUAAAAAUGAACUGGUAGUCCACUUUUGGAGGUGUGUUUCACCACGAAAUGUCUGGUAUGAGUGGAUGAUUUCUAAACCAACUAUUAGUCCUAUCCAUAAUCCCUGUGGAAGAUCUUAUACAAUAGGACUUUAAUUUGUAAAAAAGCAGUUUUAGGAAAUUUCAUGAAAUCUCUCGUCAUUCAGCAUUGUGAAUUAUUCAUUGUCAGGGAUUUUUUUUAAUAAAAUUGUUUGAAUUGUUUUUACUUGUAGAGUCAUUUGUUUUUAAUGUUUCUAAUAUAGUUUAAACAAGUCUAACAGCUGUUCUUAUGUAAUUCCUGACAAAAUUUUGAGAACUUUGAUAUGCAUUUUUUAUGUUUGUUAGCUUUUAGUGUAAAAUUUACCUAGGUAUAAUGUUAAUGAAUAUUUACUGUUAUACAUAAGAGCUUAAUAAAUGUGUUCUCAAGUACUGCAUUUGAAAAUGGUGGAUUCUUUAUUAUAAUUAUUAAAUCUGGAUAUUAUAAUAAA